AUGCUGUGCUGUGGCCCAAGCGGUUCAACAUGCAAAACACGGUGGAAUAACAUAAGAGACAACUAUCGAAAAUCGUUGAAGAAGACGGAAACUAAAAGUGGACAAAAGAAGACCAAUGUUAAAUUAUACAAGUACUAUGAACAAUUACAUUUUUUGAAAAAAUAUUUCAAUGAACGACCGACAGUACAAAGUGUAGAACCAGAAAAAGAAAAUUCUGACUCCGAAACCAACGAGCCUCGAAAUACCGUAUCCAUUUCACCUGAUAUACCUGCCAUAGAAAAUGCUAAGAAACAUAGAGAAAUCUUCAUGAUGCGAGACUGGGUAGAGGUGUUCAGGAUGGCACGAUCUAAAAGAGAAGACAUUAACAAUAAGCCCUACAAGGUAAAUGAAUGGAAAUUUGAUGAAUUUUGGAACUUGCACGCAUUAUCUGCAGCUACUAUCAAGAAUAGAUGA